UUUUCAAAUCAUUCUGCAUUUAGUAGUGUUGAAUGCCACAGCCGUGCGAAAUCACAGUGUCGACAGCUUGUGGAAUGACCAGGGUUGUCAGCUUGAUUUGAUGAAACAGUGUGCCGACUGUGUGGAAAACGUUGCACCGGCUGAGAGCAGACUGAUGGAGAAGGCAGAGCGGUCCUGCCCCCCUCAAUGACCAUCUUCAGCUGCUAGCGAUAAAAGUUCUCGCUGGCGACACUCUAACUAUGGGCGGGUACCAUGAAAUCCCUUAACUACUACUGCCACUAAGUCGGUCGUGGAACUCUUUCACAAUGCCCGGCUGCUGGUACAGCUGGAAGCUCACAGUAGCCUGAUAGUAACGUUACAGGCCUGCUUUUACCAUCUCGAAAUUUCUUGGCAGGUGAGAGCAGGCCAGCUAGCACUGCUAGCGUUAGCCUUUUCCGCACUGCACCUGUAGGUUUUGAUUUUGCAGUUUUUUCCUCUGGCCACACCUUUGCAUUGACAUCUACCAACUGGAGGAACAUUUAACUUCAAAAAGUAUUUUUAUGGGAUUCUUAUCGGCGAAGAGAGAAGCGGGCAUAAGCUAAAAUGGUGAACUGGAGGCGGCUGCUGCGAAUGUCCAACCGAUCAUUUUUGGCCUUCAUAUUCAUCUUCUCCAUGUCCACUACUUGUCUCUACUUCAUUUACGUGGCUCCCGGAAUAGCCAACACAUACUUCUUCAUGGUGCAGGCUCAAGGCAUCAUGUUGAGGGACAAUGUGAGGACCAUCGGCCAGAUGAUCAGAUUGUAUACAAAUAAGAACAGUACUCUUAAUGGGACAGAUUAUCCUGAUGGCACUAACUCCAGUGAGUACCUGGCCCAACCAACUACUUACCUCCCUGAGAACUUUACCUACGCUCAGAACCUCCCUUGCCCAGAACGAUUACCUUCUAUGAAGGGCCUUAUGGAAGUAAAUAUGACAGAGGUCCCUAUGGAGGUGAUAGAAAUGAAGUUCUCCAAGUUUUUUGGCGUCGAGUUUGGAGGCCAGUGGAAACCAAAGGACUGUAGACCUCGCUGGAAGGUGGCCAUCCUUAUUCCAUUUAGAAAUCGCCAUGAACAUCUUCCCAUCCUUUUCCAACACCUUAUCCCCAUGCUUCAGAGACAGCGACUGCAUUUUGGCUUCUACGUCAUUGAGCAGAGUGGAAGCCAACCAUUCAACAGAGCCAUGUUAUUUAAUGUGGGAUUCAUGGAAGCUAUGAAGGACUUGGACUGGGACUGCUUGAUUUUCCAUGAUGUUGACCAUAUCCCUGAAAAUGACCGAAACUACUAUGGCUGUGGUCAGAUGCCACGCCACUUUGCUGCCAAGCUGGACAAAUACAUGUACAUUCUUCCAUAUAGUGAGUUCUUUGGUGGUGUGAGUGGGCUCACUGUGGAUCAGUUCUGGAAGAUUAAUGGUUUUCCCAAUGCAUUUUGGGGUUGGGGUGGAGAGGAUGAUGACUUAUGGAACAGGGUUCAGUAUGCCGAUCUGAAUGUCACACGACCAGAGGGGGAGAUUGGCAAGUAUAAAUCGAUUCCUCACCAUCACAGAGGAGAGGUGCAGUUUCUUGGGAGGUAUAAACUCCUAAGAUAUUCCAAAGAGCGGCAACACUUGGAUGGUCUCAACAACUUGCAUUACAGUCCACACAUCUCACUUAGUAGUCUGUACAAGAACAUCUCUGUGGACCUUUAUCCUGAGCUUGCCCCUAUCACAGAGUACUGAACUGACCCAGCCACAUCCUGCACUCCCUGAGCUCACCCUGCUCUCUUCCAGUCUGACCUCCUGGUGUUAUCUUCAGCAGUUCAGAGGUAAAGCUGUGGAGAAGAGGAGGUGGCACAGGCUCUGAGGGAUGAAGAGAAGCGCCAUAUAAUGCUGCCAAGAAAUCUUGCUGUGGAAAAAAUCCAAUCCAAAUAAAAAAGUUUUUUUUGUUUUUCAAAGGCAGUGGCUAGUUUCUAAAGAUGAACUAUUCAUUCUGUGUGUCAGUUGAAAAAUGUGUGGGUGUGCUGAGUGUGAAUUGAUGAGUUUGUUGCUGCAUGUCAUUUUGUUUGUACCAGCUUAACUACAAGUCGACAUUAAUCUUGAGCAGCAGUUAUCUCAACUCUAAUGUUUACUGCAAAGCCUUAAUGUGGCAAAACCACAGCUCCCUGCUCUCGGCUCUGCACUGCUUCACGUCUGAUGUAUAAAACCAUCACCUUACAAGCCAAUAAACAUUUUUUUUUCUCAAUUUUUAUUUCAUUUGUUUUAUACAUAUCAUUUUGUUAUAACGGUAAUCUUUUUAAAAGAGGGACACACAGUUAACAUUUAUAUACAUAUAUAUAUAUAUAUAUGAUGUACAUUUUUUUUCUUAUUUUAAUAAAUUGUAUUUAUUUUCGGUUUCAGGAUGUUUAGUAUUUCUCUUUUGUCUUGUUUUUUUCUCCUGCACUGCUGCUGAAUCUGCAUGAACAUGUAUGUAAAUAUCAGCCUCUUAAUGAUCACAGAACACAGAUAUGUAAAUAGUCUUUGAAUGCUUGAGCAAAUACAGUGAUAUUCCAGUGGAUAUGAAUUUUAUUUUGGCAGCUACCCUUGAUUUGAGUAUUUAAUAAGAGUGAAUCAUUCCUUUCCAGCUGGAAGUUCUAACGAUGUAAGAUGUUUGGGUCAAAAAGCAUCCACAUCUCAUUAUUUGUUAUCAUCAUUUGCAUGCCUUAAUUUUUUUUUUUUACACAUUUUUUUUCAAACAUAAAUUAAUUUCAUCAGGUAGAGAUCUGCAUAUUUAAAUUAUUUUCUUUCUUUUUUUUUUUUUAAAUGUGCACUGUACAAGUAAAAGUUAGAUAAAGCAUGACUAAGGCGCUCCAUGACUUUAUAAAAAGAGCAUGGCUGGCCAGCGUGUCCACACAACAUGCUUAGUACAGGUUCAUGGUUUCACAUAAGUCUAUAUUUUUUGUCUCAGAUGUUUUUAUUUUUUUAUGAUUUUCUAUGCUUUUGUUUGUUUUUUUUUCCAAGUGCUGGACGAUAUGAUAGACCUCUUUAUUGUACUGUACCAUGUAAUGAAGCAUGGCAAUUUGAUGUGUGGAUGAUGUGUCUGGACUGUGGCUUUAAAUGUUUUGGGGUUUGUUUUUUCCCAAAGUUGCCAAGCAGUGAGAAGAGCCCGAACGAGAGAACAUUGGUGUGAGCUUCUCCUAGGUAUUCAUGCUGUGAAAACAGGGUUUUUUUUCUAAACCUAAGCACUAGAGAGAGUAAUGAGAGAAAUGUGUACACAGAAUUUUUGGUGACAUAUUGACGGUUAUGAUUCUCUGUGUCUUUAGGAUUUAAAUUUGACCAUGAUUUGUAUGUUUGGAGUUUUUAUGUUUUUAAAUAGUUCUCUGCCCAUGUUUGUCCUGACUUUAUUUGCUGAUUAUUGAAUCCUGUUAAACGGCUUCAGAAUGAACCUCUUACUCUCCCA